UUUAGUGAAUUUGCAGUGCGAAAUCUUUAAAAAACCACAGACGAACACUUGGCACAAACGAAAGUUACGUGUAAACGUCGUGGCUUUUGUUUAGUUAUUUUGAAGGAGAGAAGAAAUUUGGCAACUUUGAAAUCAAUCCAAAAUAUAACAUAACAGAAACCAUAACAGCAACGCAACCAGCAACUAUAACAGUGUAAAAAGUAAAGAAAAACAGUGCGAGACCCAAGCGAGAAGACAUUUUAUUUCUUAUACACCCGUGUGAAUAAAACAGCAGCAAAAUUACGUCAAUUAUUGAAAACCUACCCGGCGCAAUAGCUCACAAUCACCAAAACAACAUCAUGGAAGAGGACGAGAGGGGCAAACUGUUUGUAGGCGGACUAUCGUGGGAGACAACGCAGGAGAAUCUGUCGCGUUACUUCUGCCGCUUCGGCGACAUCAUCGAUUGUGUCGUUAUGAAGAACAACGAGAGCGGCAGGUCGCGUGGCUUCGGUUUCGUCACCUUUGCCGAUCCCACCAAUGUAAACCAUGUGCUGCAGAACGGUCCGCACACGCUCGAUGGCCGUACCAUCGAUCCGAAGCCAUGCAACCCACGCACGCUUCAAAAGCCGAAGAAAGGCGGCGGCUACAAGGUGUUCCUCGGCGGUCUCCCAUCGAACGUAACGGAAACCGAUCUGCGUACCUUUUUUGGUCGGUACGGCAAAGUGACCGAAGUGGUUAUCAUGUACGAUCAGGAGAAGAAGAAAUCCCGUGGUUUCGGAUUCCUGUCCUUCGAAGAAGAGUCGUCGGUUGAGCAUGUGACCAAUGAGCGGUACAUCAACCUGAACGGCAAGCAGGUGGAGAUCAAAAAGGCCGAGCCUCGUGACGGAUCUGGCGGACAGAACUCGAACAACAGCACGGUUGGUGGUGCCUAUGGCAAGAUGAACAGCGAGUGCAGCCACUGGGGACCCCAUCAUGCUCCGAUGAACAUGAUCCAGGGCCAGAACGGUCAGAUGGGUGGUCCGCCACUGAAUAUGCCGAUCGGUGCGCCAAACAUGAUGCCCGGCUAUCAAGGCUGGGGCACCUCGCCGCAGCAGCAGGGCUAUGGCUAUGGCAACAGCGGCCCAGGAUCGUACCAGGGCUGGGGCGCACCACCUGGCCCUCAGGGCCCACCACCUCAGUGGUCGAACUAUGCUGGACCCCAGCAGACCCAGGGAUACGGCGGCUACGAUAUGUACAACUCGACAUCGACGGGCGCUCCAUCUGGACCGUCAGGCGGUGGCAGCUGGAAUUCGUGGAACAUGCCGCCCAAUUCGGCUGGACCCACUGGAGCACCAGGGGCUGGGGCGGGCACCGCCACGGACAUGUACUCGCGAGCCCAGACCUGGGCUGCGGGCGGUCCUUCAACCACUGGACCUGUGGGCGGUAUGCCGCGCACUGGACCCGGCAACUCGGCCUCAAAGUCGGGCUCCGAGUACGACUAUGGUGGCUAUGGCUCCGGCUAUGACUACGACUAUAGCAAUUACGUUAAGCAGGAGGGGGCAUCAAACUAUGGUGCCGGCCCUAGGUCAGCGUAUGGCAACGACAGCUCCACACAGCCGCCGUACGCAGCCUCUCAGGCUGUUUAAGGCGAUAUAGGAACAUGUUGUCGUGUCGCCGUCGUCGUCGUCGUCGUACUCGUCGUCGGUGAAUGAUGAAGAAGACAAAAAAGAUGGUGGUAAUUGUAAGCUAAAGCGUCGUCUGUUCGUUUUUAUUUCAGAUCAGAUCAGUUGUUGAAAUUAAUAUUUAACUCGUGUACAACCCUAAUUUAAAGCAAACACAAAUUUAACACCAGAGAAUAACUAGCGACAAGUCAGAUUCAUAGAUAUAUGUAUAUAUAUAUACAUAUACAUGUAUGUUCUAUAGCAAUGAGUAUGUAAUAAUUCAUAGGCAACAACAACAACAACAAAAACAACAUCAACACUCAACGGAACACACCAAACCAUACCAUACCACAACAUAACACAGCACAGCAACACACAACAUUUCUCAUGCGCCUCCCCCAGAACUCACACACACCGCGCGUACUGUAUAUCCUACUGUAUCCUAAGCCAACAUUUACCUAUACCAACCACCAUCCAAUCCAAUACAGAAACCUAGAAGAACUAACAACCAGAGCCCGUAGGUACCGAUACACAUGGCAUUAACAGAAUAUAGAAUUGUGAAGAUUUAAACGUAAUGAUUUACACGUAUAAAGUUUAGCUAAUUAGAUACAAGAUCAUGGAUGAGAUGUGUGCGAAAUACCAACAAAAGGAAAUAAGAACUUAUAAUUUUAUUUAAAACGUAAACAAGUAAAGAUCCCUUUAUUACUAAAAUUAGUAAAUACAAAUUCGAAAUUGUACAUUUUAAUGCAAAAGCCAGUCGGCCAGCCACCGACUUCGUCGUGUGCCCCACAGCCCAUCCUCUGCAAGAGACAGACCAUACACAAAAUCUCUACCACCAAUUGACAGGGCGACAAGGUGUAGUACCAGUGUGGGAGUUUGAGAAGGAAUUCAAUCCACAAAAACACCAUUGAUAUUCCGAGAACUCCCUGUUUGGUGCUUGCCUUAGCCUUGGGCCAUUCUAUCUAAAAUUGUUUUAUUGCUUGGUGGGUGGAUAGAUGGAUAGGCGGAUUGGGUCGGAGGUUGGUACGAUACGAGAAAGAUACGUUACAAAAUUAAAAAUUUACCAUUUAAAGUAAACAAAACAAAAACUAGCUAAAAGUUAAACUACAUAUAUAAAGAAACCUAAUUGAUAAGCGUAUGUCGUCGUUUACAUCUAAGCGAAAGUUGAACUUGAAACUAGAAUUAUAUAGUGCGUUGGAUUUAUUAUUUAGUUAAAGAGAAAGUGAAAUGCUACCGAUACUGAGAAGGCAGGCGGAAAGUUAGCAGAAGUAAAAUGCUUAAUGGAUAUGAGAUAUGAGAAGCGUAAACCACAAAAAAUACGAAACACACUCUUAACAAAUAUACAUAAAAACUAUAUACAUACAUACUUAUAUACCAUAUAUAUAUAACGAGUAUAUAUACAAAAGAAACGAGAAAAAAGAGUAAAAAAAAGAGCAAAAGGAAACGUAAAUUUAAACAUACAGUUAAUGAUAAUAAAAAGGGAAGCAGGGAGGCAGAGAGGAAUAAGGAUUGAGGACAAAAGUUACCAGAGAUAGGGAAAAACGAUGCUUAAGAGUUGCGUUGCACAUUUUUUUCAAAUUUUCAUCGUUUGCCAAGCAGACAAGAACAACAACAACAGCCGCCGGAAGAGAAGAACAUCAUCUGACGACAACCAGAAGGUGCGAAGGUGUGCGUCACUCUACAAACAACACCACUGAAGAAGAACAACAUGCGCGCACAUCCCACCACCCACCAUUCACUUAAACAACAACUGAAAACCACACUAGCGAGCGAGGCAGAGAGAAUGGAAAGAAAGAAGGGAAAGUGAAAGAUGAAGAAAAAAAGAAAGAAAGUAAAAAGGAAGAAAUAAUUGCAUACAACAGCAAGCAGAAAAACUUUGAUUGAUUAUAUACAUAACAUAUAUAUAUAUCUUUAAUUACUUAUACAUAUUUACUCUUAACUACUUUGCACGCUCCCUUAGUAGGGAGCGUGCGAUGUGUGUGUAAAACAAGAUGAAAGCAAAAACUAUUUUAAUGAUUAUAUGAUUGCGAUUUUACAAUUUAUUAUUACAUACAAACAAAAGAAAGAUAGAUGGAAAGAAAAACCAACAAAAAGCAAAAGGAGAAACACAUAUUAUAUCUAAUACAUUUACCAUACACAUAUAUUAUAUAUAUUCUUAUAUAAAUAUGAAGUAAUUUUUUCUAUUAAAAUAUCAUACACUAA